AUGGUUUUAAAAAAAAAACCAGAAAAAAAUUUAAAAGAAUUGGAAACGAGAAUUAAGGACUUAGAACAAAGCAAAAAGAAUGCCGAUGAAGAAAAUCGAACGUCAUGGAAUGAGGUAGGAAGUAAGGAUUUAGAUGAUUUAAAAAAAUUAUUAGCAGGACGAAAAAUUACUGAAAUAUUGAAUGAGCUAGAUGACCUAAAACUAGCCACACAGAACUUAAAUACUGAUUUAAAAAAAAAACUGAAGAAAGAACGGGAAGAAGAAGCAAAAUCCUACCUAGAGACUAUUAAUAAUUUAAAAGAAAAUAUUAGAAAGCGAGUAGAAGAAGCAAAAGCUUACCAAGAGACUAUUUAUGAUUUAGAAAAAAGGGUUAGUGAAAGAGAAGAAGAAACAAAAGAAACUGUUAAUGAUUUAGAAAAAAAUAUGAGAGAACGGGAAGAAGCAGCAAGAGCCUACCGAGAGACUAUCAAUUAUUUAGAAAAAAACGUUAGAGAGAGGGAAGAAGAAAUAAAAGCCAAGCGAAUAUCGAUUAAUCA